AGAGAAAGAGAGAGAGAGAGAGGCAAGUUCCCAGCCCGAUCGCAACAUGUUCAAUUCAUCCGUGCGCUGAGCGAGGUCGUACGAGUCCGGCAAGGCGCUCUCCUGAAGGGACCCCCCCCCCAAAAAAACAAACCUGAGUUUGUUUUCGUUUGUUUGUUUGUUUUCUUCUUCUUCGAAGAGAGCUCGUGGGCGCGAGUUGCGUGGUCGCGGUCGCGAUGUCUGGAUCUUACUGCAAAAGUUUGUACGCCUUCAGCGGGGACCAGCACGAGCAGGGACUCCACUUCGAGGCGGGGGAGAUUAUUCUGAUCGUCCAGGCUCUGCCCGGCGGCUGGUGGGAAGGAGAGAAGGACGGAGACCGGGGCUGGUUUCCUUCAAGUUACGUGCAGGUUCUGGAGAAGACAGCAUCUCUGAGCCAACUCCCCGUCGAGGACCUCAGAGACCCCCUGCCUCCGCACUGGAGGUGCUACAUGUCUCCACAAGGGCGGCGGUACUACGUCAACACGGCGAGCAAUGAGACGACAUGGGAGAGACCAUCCAGUGCCCCUGGUACCCCUAAAACCCCUCUGAGACACAAGAGCUCCUUACCAGCAGUGAAUGGUUUCCACACAGGCGGUAGUCCUGUACAUCAUGUUGAGCACUCACACAACAGCCUGGUGAGGAAGACCAGCACAGAGCCGCAGAGCCCCGGAUCCACGUCACCCACCAGGAAACAGAACAAGGAGACCACCAUCACUAUUAACUGUGUGACGUUCCCCCUCCCCAUGAGCGUGCCCGAGCAACAGCUGCUGAAACCCGACGAAUGGAGCUACUGCGACUACUUCUGGACGGAUAAGAAGGACCCUCAGGGGAAUGGCUGCAUCACAGGAUUUGAGGUCUUGCUGCAGAAGCAGCUGAAGGGGAAACAGAUGCAAAAAGAGAUGGCCGAGUUUAUCCGAGAAAGGAUAAAGAUAGAGGAGGAAUAUGCCAAGAAUCUCUCCAAGCUCUCCCAGAUCCCCCUAGGAAGCCAGGAAGAGGGGACUCUGGGGGACGCCUGGUCCCAGCUCAAGAAGAGCCUGACGGAUGAGGCGGAGGUUCACCUAAAGUUUUCUUCAAAGCUCCAGAGCGAGGUGGAGAAACCUCUACUGACCUUCAGGGACAACUUUAAGAAGGACAUGAAGAGGUUCGACCAUCACAUUGCAGACCUACGGAAACAGCUGGUCAGUCGCUACGCAGCUGUAGAAAAGGCCCGGAAAGCGCUGGCGGACAGACAGAAGGAACUGGAGCUGAAGACUCAGCAGCUGGAGAUCAAGCUCAGCAACAAGAUCGAGGAGGACAUCAAGAAGGCCCGCAGGAAAUCCACGCAAGCAGGGGACGAGCUGAUGCGCUGCAUUGACCUUUACAACCAGUGCCAGUCCAAAUGGUUUGAGGAGAUGGUCACAACAAGCCUGAGGAAGAUACGUUUACCUGACUCGGGUGUUGAUAGCAGAUUUUAUCCCCCAUCAGGAGUUGGAGAGGCUGGAGGUGGAGCGAGUAGAGAUGAUCAGGCAACAUCUGUGCCAGUACACCACCCUGCGGCAUGAGACGGACAUGUUCAACCAAAGUACGAUGGAGCCGGUGGACAAGCUGCUGCAGAGCGUCGAUCCAGCCAAAGACAGAGAGCUCUGGGUCCGGGAGCACAAGACUGGGGAAAUCAGGCCCGUAGACAUAGAGAUCUAAGGCUCAUUGACACCAAGGGGCCGUGCACACUGCUGACCCGGAAGGACACAAAGGAUAUGCAUACAACGACCCGGUGGCAACAAGCCCUGAAGUUUACUAGAGGAUUACAUCUCGGCCUUGGGGUUAUCUUAUUGCAGAGCGAUGACCAGUCGGUGCCUACUGACUCAUCACACCUCAAACAAUCCACCUGCUUCUUACAGGACGGCUGACGUCAGGCGGCUGAGAAAGAUGACGUGAUUUUUGCGAUUUUGUGAGAACUUCGAAGCCUGAAUUGGAUAUUAAGCGUGAUGGGUGGAAGUCUUGUUGUUUGGCAGAGAUACCCGUUGCCCAGGUCAGAUAACGCACUGCGUGAGGAAUGAAAUGAAAUGCCAGUGGAUACUCAGGUGAGAAUGUCUAUGAAGAACCAACGGCACAGCAACGGACUUUUCCCUUCCUGUAAAUACUGGAUAGCUUUACAUAUGUGCUGCAGCACAAAGCUGCCUGUUUCUGUGUGCUUUUGCUCUGUGAAGUGAUGGCAAAAUGAUUUAAAAGAUGCUGCUAAUAAUUCAGCAAAACGCAUUCUUAAAAGUAGUGAACGACUGUCUACCAGAACAAGGCAAAAGUAUUACAAUACCAGUAUAACAGUAUGUGCAGUCCAUAAAGAUUCUGCAUGCACUAUAAAUACACACACACACGGCUACAUCUCAUAGGUCAAUACAGCAGCUACUAAAUCCGUCAAAUCUCUGCAAAGGAUAUUGAAACAAGUAUUUAAGGUCAGUUUCCAUCACGUCGUCAUUCCUGUGAGAGUUAUUAGUAAGCCCAAUGCACUUUCUGCCCAAAACGGUUUCUAUUGUUUCUUGGCAGUGUGAUAUUUAAUGUUGAUUAGUUCGACAAAGUUGUAUUUGUAUGUUUCUCUUAAAUCGCUAUCGGGCUUGAGCGUUCCCUUACAUAUUUACAGCAGAUUCCUAAGGUGAGAGGUGUGUGACGUGCAAUUGACCUUUCGCAAAGUCCCGCCCCCCUUAGUUACUGUUGCUAUGCCUGUCAAGCAUUUCAUAACUAUCCAGGAAGUAGCCGGAAAACACCAAAACAUGAAGGAAGAAAUCAGCACAUUGUGUGGGUAAAAGUAACAGUAAUAAUACAUUAGCUGUAUUAGCUAUCAAUAAUAGCUAGUAGCAAGCUUAGCUUGGAGCAGACAGGUAUUUUUGUUGAUUUUGGAUGGAUUAAGCUAGCCAUGGGGUCUGCUAUACUACGAAAUCUAUUGCCGAUAUUGCGCUUCUUGCGUUCUGGGUUUCGGGAAGGGAAAGAAAAUUACACCCCUCCAAACUUUUCAGAUAUCUAGUAUCCGAUUUGCAGAUCCCAUAGGCACACCGUUUCAGCAUUUUGCUGUGUGUUUGAAAGCUUGACGGACCGUUGCUAAGGUAGGAUUGGACAAGCACCGUUCUGGGGUGGUACUUCGCGAAAGGUCAAUUGGAUUCAGGUGCAGGUGGAGUGAAGGGUGUAAAAUAAGAGUGCCAUUGUGAGUUUAUAGCCAAGAAUGAAACCCAAGAGAAAAUUGGUACAAACAGUAUAUGAAAUUAUCUGACUUUUUUUUGUUCAUAUAUGCGAUAGAAUUCCCACAAUUUUCUCUGGAUAUGCAUCUUCUUGCAAAUCUGGAAAAGCGAGUCGGUGAAUUGCACCGUGGCUUUCAUUGUACUGUGUGUUGGCGCUGCUCGCUGCAGCCUUAAUGUUGUGCACAAUGGUCUUCACAACCACAUCCGGUCCUGUUGUAUUACUUAACCAUCGAGUGAAGAGGAUUUAGGCAUUUAUAUACAAUAACUGCUAAAUGGUUGGAUUUAAUGUGUUUUUUUUUUCCUUAAUAAAAUGAAAAUACUGCUUUUAUGCUGAA